AUGGAAGGCGACGCACAAUAUCUUCCCGAGGAAGUUAUCAGAAACAUUCUCACGCGACUUCCGGUAAAAUCCCUAAUUCGAUUUCAAUGCGUCUGCAAACAUUGGAAAAAUCUCAUCAAGAGCCCAUCUUUCAUCGCUGACCAUCUUCACCACUCCAAUCUUCAAAACCCUCUUCUUCUUUGCGAAUACAAUGACAGAGAGUCCCUUAUGAACUUACGUUUGCUUGACCGCGAGAUGCAAUUUCUUGAAGUCGAAACAGAACCUCUGAUGGAUUCCUUGCAUAAUCCUAUGAUCAUAGGUUCCAGCAACGGCUUGAUUUGUCUUCGCCUUUGCACUAAUAAGAAUGGAAAAUAUAGUGUUUCUCUUUUAUUGUGGAAUCCAAGUAUUAGAGAGGUCAGACAGAUAUAUAUUAAUUAUUUAGGGUUCUAUUUAUUUGCAGGAUUUGGCUUCAGUCCAAUUCUUGAUGAUUACAAGAUAUUGAUAAUUCAUCCGACUCGGUAUUCAGCGCAAGUGUACUCAGUAGGCUCAGGGUCAUGGAACGGAGUGGAUUGUACAAUCUUAAACGACUGGCAUGAUCUUCACGAUGAUCCCAUCACUGUAAAUGGAUUUAUGUAUUGGAUUGGAUCAAAGGAGGAUGAGAAUGACCUUUUCGUGGUCUCAUUUGAUAUGGCAAUGGAAUUGUUUACUUUGAUAUCUCCAAUAAGCCCUCGUGAAGGAAGAGGAACAAUAAAGCUUACUGUUUAUGAGAAUAAACUUGGUCUGCUUUCUGUUAUUAGUGAAAACCAGAAUUCUUUUGUAACUAAUUUAUGGGUUAUGGAGGAAGUUACAGGUACAAUUCGGGAGACAUGGAGUUGGACGAAGAAAUAUACUAGCAACCCUUUAACUGGAAUGCUUGCAUGUCCAGUAACUAUGUGGAAUAAUGAAAUUGUCUGCGAUGUAUAUUUUGGGGAUGAGUGUGAACCAAAAAUUUUUCUGAUCAAUAUCACUACUAGUGAAUUGAAGAUGGUUAAUGACCCCUUGUUCAACCUUGAUCUAUGUGAUGCUUUCAAUUAUGUGGAAAGCCUUGUAGCAGUUGGAGGAAUCAAAUCUACUACGAUGUUUGUGUAGUGAUAUUGAAUGGAGCAAAAGCUAUUCCAUCUCCAUUCAAUCUCAUUAUACUAUAAUCAGUUCAAGACAUUUCCAGUCCACAAGAUCUUGCAGUGUUUUUUAUUUUAUUUUAAUUUCAUUGAUAUUUAAGGAAGAAAUUGUUUAAAUAUAUCGGUUUCUUGAGGUAGCAAGUUCUCCGCCUUACAAAGGAGUGUGUGUUCUUUGGAUCAUUAUAUUGGUGAAUAAGAAGAGUA